UUGUGUUCAAUGUCAAUAAAAUCACAUAAAAGACCCCAAAUUCAUAAAUAAAAAAUUUAAUACGAUAAAAGGAAGAAGCAAAAAAAGAUCGUCAUCGCCGCGAGGAAAAGAUACAGAUUCAAUAAAAAAGAUAUUUAGUAAUAAAUGGAUUUCGAUCUUGGGUCUUGGGAAUGUAUCGAAGGUUAACCGAGAACGAUAUAUCGAAAAUAAAUUGGAUAGUUCUUGUGGUUGUGUUAUUGUCGCGUGUGACUCAUUUUCUCAUAUUAUAAAUCGGUUAAUGAUCCCCCGAGAUUUUUACGAAUCUGAAAUCUUUUGCGCGUUCUUCAGGAAUUUGAUAUCAAGACGAGAUUUUUUGCUGCUCCUCGAGCCAUUCGGCCAAUGAAAUCGUUUUUGUUUUUCAUAUUCCACGUCCAGCUCGCGAUGGUGACUGGCGAGCCCGUUUUCAGGCAAUUCACAGAGACAAAAUUUAGCAUCUUCAAGAUUCUUUUUGGACUCGAAGCAGCCGCAAGCGACACGCCAAGGUGUCCCAAUUGUUAUUGCGGAAUUUCAAAUUAUGGACGCAGCCCACGCUUAGACGAUGGUGACUAUGUACGCCCCGCUGAGUAUCCUUGGAUUGUUUUCAUCAACACCAAAACACAGUUGAAAGCAGGAACUCUAAUCAACGACCUUUAUGUAAUAACUUCAGCGAGUAAUGUUUACCGGGAAAUCCAAUAUAAAAUAAAAAUUUACCUCGGAAAAUACCAAAAAUGUGAUUCGGAAAAAAUCCAAUUGAUUUCUGGGGUUUCAAACGUGAUCAUCCACCCUGGCUUCAUCCACCAGAUCAACAUUCAAGACAUUGCUUUGCUUCAAUUGACGACGCGCGUUGAAUUCAACUCGCACAUUUCGCCGAUCUGCUUACCCAGCCCUGGUGCUUCAUAUGUGGGUAAAUUGGGUGUUGUUAUUGGUUUCAUCCAAGACCCGAGCGAAACGGUUACCGGAAAAAUUAACACUUGCUUGCCGCGGAAGACAAUUCUACCGAUUGUGGGUCAGGCGGAUUGCAAUCGUCCAAUUUACAGUUUCGAACUGUGUUUGGGUGUUGUUGGCGCGGAUAACAUCGUAUGUGCGCAAGAUAACGGUGCUGGAGUCAUACACAAAUCGGAAACAGGAUCGCAUGAAAUUGCCGGGGUCAUUUCCGACAAGCAAAGUUGUCCCCCAAAUGAGAACGUUUACUACUCCGUCAAGGACUUAGCCGUCAUGACAUCUUUAGAGCCUCAUCUAAACUGGAUUUUAGAUAACACCAAGGACGCCUGUUAUUGCACCAAAUUCUGA